UACCUUCCUCGUCUCAAUUUCCUGUCCAGAACCGACCAGAAACAAAUUUUCUCGGGAAAAUAGAAAAUUUUCUCGGAAACCAAACAUAGCGUUGACAUUUCCUUCCAGCAACUAUGAAACCAAACCAAAACCCAUAACAAUCAAAAACCCCAUCUCAGAAUCCAUGUUUUCCUUCACUCCCACAAAUGGGGUUUCAUCAAAACCUCACCUUUCACACCACCCACUUCCCUUUCCCUUCCCUCUGCAAUUCCACCACCCCCGGUUCCCCCACCGCUCCCAUCCGCUGCGGCAUCCGCGAGCUCCGGGAGCGAAUCCAAACGGUGAAGAACACUCAGAAGAUCACCGAAGCCAUGAAGCUCGUCGCCGCCGCCAGGGUCCGGCGAGCUCAAGAAGCUGUCGUCAAUGGAAGACCCUUCUCCGAGACCCUCGCUGAAAUGUUGCACGACAUCAACGACCGUGUCCGAGACGACGACGUCGAGGUUCCUCUUUGCAACGUCAGGCCAGUCAAGAAGGUUGCGCUUGUCGUCGUCACCGGAGACCGUGGACUCUGCGGCGGGUUCAACAAUGCGGUGGUGAAGAAAGCUCAGACCAGAAUCGAGGAGUUGAGGAAACUUGGGUUGGAUUGCGUUGUGAUCAGUGUUGGCAAAAAGGGUAACUCGUUUUUCAGUCGUAGGGAUUUUGUAGAGGUUGAUAGGUUUGUUGAUAAUGGGGGGUUUCCUACUACUAAAGACGUACAAACUAUAGCUGAUGAUGUUUUUUCACUUUUUGUUAGUGAGGAAGUUGAUAAGGUUGAGCUUGUGUUUACUAAAUUUGUGUCUUUGGUUAAGUUUGAUCCUGUGAUUCAAACGUUGUUGCCUUUGUCAAGGAAAGGGGAGGUUUGUGAUGUGAAUGGGAAUAGUGUUGAUGCAAUAGAUGAUGAGUAUUUCAGGUUGACUUCUAAGGAUGGGAAAUUGGCUUUGGAGAGAGGUGUUGUGGGGAUGGAGAAGAAAAGUGAUGGGUGUGUUCCGAUUAUGGAAUUUGAGCAAGACCCGGUUCAGAUUCUUGAUGCCAUGAUGCCUCUUUAUUUGAACAGUCAGAUUUUGAGGAGCUUGCAAGAAUCACUGGCUAGUGAGCUUGCUGCUAGAAUGGGUGCCAUGUCUAAUGCCACUGAUAAUGCAAUUGAGUUGACGAAGAAUCUUUCAGUUGCAUACAAUAGGGAGCGGCAGGCGAAAAUAACUGGGGAGUUAUUGGAGAUUGUGGCAGGAGCUGAGGCACUAACACCAAUUGAUUGACAUAAAUGGUCUGGCUGUUUAUGUCACUCAAUACUUGACCCACAAUCUCUGGUUUUGGUUUGCAUUUUGAGUAGCUGCUCUAUUAUAAUUUGACAUUGGAGGUACAACUUAGAUUUAAGGGUGUUAAAGCCUUCAAGAUCACACGUGCUCUGGAAGUAAUGGCAGCAGCAAUGCUGAAAAAAGAUAUUUCCUAUUGUGUGAAAAUGAAAUUGGUGGGCCAAAAUAUGUGGUAGCUAUGGUAUUUUAUGAAAGUUCUCCAUACUUAUCAUCGAAGAUGUGAACUUUUUGGCUGAAUGUGAGGAUGUCUUCACUUGUAACUUUGUAAGUAGUAACACAUUGUAUACGGAAGCUACCUUGUCAUAUAUGCAUGUGAACCCAAUUUUUAUGACCAUUCUAGGAGAAUAGCAUUUCUUACAGAGGGUAUUAUAUGAAUUUCUUCAAGAACUAUAAUUUCUGGUUGUAUUGUUGUUGUAGAAAGAAAUUGGCACACUUCAGUUACAAUAAGCCAUAAUUAUUGAGAGGAGGUGGCUCCAGUAAUCAGGCUAAGAUGCACUGUAUAUCAUUCUAUAAUGGACAUCUUCAAUUAUAGCUAGCCAUAUUAUGUUCAAUUAUAAAUUAUUCACAAUGCUCUAUGAUUUAUUUGAAGAUAACAACUUGAUUUAUACUAACCCACAUGGGUCAUAAUUACUUCUCCUGUCUUUGUUUUAUGUAUUUUUUUUAUUUAUUGAAAGGGUGGCUUUGACUUCGGUCACCACCACGAGUCUUAUGAAUCAUAAGUCGUUUACAAAGGUGUUUACAGAUUGCUUAUUAGCACAAUCCUCACAUUGGCAGAAGAAUCAAACACACAACUUUCUAAGAAAAAGUGAUUUGUCCUUACCAACUGAGAUGUAUUGUUAUUUGUUUUUUAGUUGAAGAUCACAAAAAAGAUGCCAUCUUUAUAUCCACCAACAUUAACGGCUGAAAUCAACCUUAAUAUGAUAGAUUUGAUUAUGCUUGAACUGCUUUAACAUCAGCUAAUCCUGGUCCCACUGCUGUUCACUUUUACUGCCGCCACUCUAAUGCACGGUGGGGAGCUGAAGAUUUCAGCUCAGCAACAUGAUUAUUUUCCCUCUGUGGAAAAAUCUUCAGAUUCUUUAGUUAACAUGGUUUCACUUCAAUCUUAAAAGUAAUCUAAGACACUUGUUUUGGCUAAGACACCAACUGUUUCUUUUCUCACUUUGGUAAUCAAUACAAUAGGUACCCAAAUACGUUGAAUGACGGCUUGAAAAUUGGUGCAUGUCAUGUGGGUCAAGUUUGUCCAUCAGGAACUUCAAAGAAGGGUUUUCUUUGGUUCUUAACUAAGAAUAAGAAUGAAGUUAAUUUUCUUAUUAUAUUUUGACAGAUCAUAGUAUUCGUGUAUCAAUUUUCUUUCUCUUUCUCUGCAUGUUCAUAGCAUGUUUUUUUUUUUUUUUUUAUUAAUUAUCAUUAUCAUCAUUAUAGGAAGUGGUACUGGUAUCUUCCCUUACUUGACGUCAUAAAACAAAUUGAAGUGAGGAAACAAACAAAAGAUGAUUGGUGUACUUAUUUGUUUAUACAAAUUCAUCAUAUUUGUUUUCUUUGGUUGAAAACUUUGACACUUUGUCUUCUUUCUUGACAAUAACCAAUCUUUAUCUAUUAGCCGUUCAUUCACAAGGGGAAUGACUGUACCUGCACCAUCAUUUAUCUCUGUUUUCUGCAUUAGCCUCUAGAAGUUUUAUUACAAGCCAUAGUUAACUCACUUUUUUACCCUUGAUGAUUCAUCAAAAGCCAAUAAUAUGUGAUCUAUCAAAUUAUUACCAUAUGGUAAAAUUGGAGGACAAAAAGUGUAACAUUGAUGUAGUCAUGACAAGUGGUCCCAUGAAAGGGUGAAAGCUAUAAAUUGAGAAGAAAAGGAAACCUGAGCCCCUGGAAUGCCACAAUUAAAGUGAAGUUACAAAACUUUUUAAUUGGAAUGAUAAAAAAACAACUAAGCAUCCACUAUUCAUGACCAAGUCACAUGAAAUUCAACAUCUCUUGUCCUUUUCCUUCUAUUUUGCAUUAAAGAUUUAAAUAGAUAACUUUGUCAGAUGAAUUCAGUAAUAACCAACACGCGGUUGGUUCAUGUGACACAUGCUUAUUCUUCUUAGAAACAAAGUCUCAGGUUUGAGUCUUGUGAGAAAAUCUCUCUUGAAAAGUUAACCUCACCAGGACAUCGAUGUCUUCAACUCUGAACAUUAUUGCCUUAUGUGGAUGAUGUUUUUCCGUGCACUGAAAAAAAAAAGAUGAGGUCAGUAAUUGAGAUUUACUGCUCCCUCUACCUUUCCUAGUCAAAUUUAGUCUUUGGUAAGAAGAGUUAAAUACAUGGAGGUCCAUCAUUUAGAGGAUCUCUAAGGGCAGAAGUCAGGUCUGUCUUAUUCUUGCUGCUAUUGUUUCAGCUCCUGUGGGUUUCCUGCUCCAUAAUAAAAUCUAUCACAAGUUAAGACUCCUUCAAACACACA